CAGGGGGUUAAGAUUUCGAUUCUCUCGUCGGAACAGUAUACCGGACGGCGCGUUCCAUGAGCUUAAUUAUUUUCCUGGCACACGCACAGGACAUUACCAGGCAAAAUGGAGUGUCAUAAAAAGCGUAAAACAAGAGAAAUGCGCUGCACAGCUGGCGGAGGGAGACAAGCAGGCCUUUGCCUUGCAGGAUAGGGCAACGACUUGACAUACAGGGCCAUCGAUGGCGGAGGCAGUUCAGGCUUUUCUACUAUCACACUAUCUUAACAGCGCUGAUGCCUUGGUAGGCGCUUAAUACAUGCUUAGGAGGCCAUGCUCUACGGCAAAACUUCUCAGAGCUGUCCUUACUAUGUUUCAAUUGGCCUGUAUUGUAUGCGGAUCUGUCAUGCUUUGACAGGUUGAAGAAACUUUGAGGCAGCAGGCAGCUGACGAAGAUGGAGAGCGUCAGCAAAGGGAUGGUCAGGCUGAUAACGGUGGACGCCGCUCACACGCGCUCCAGCCAGAACGACUGGCACGUACACACUCCUUCCACCUCGACGACGGUGCCACCGGCCGCUUCUCAAGGAGCAGCAGUCGUCGUGUCAUGCCCUUCACCAACGAGGCCGUGGACAGCUCAAGCCCCAUCAUGCGGCGAGCCUCCUGGGUCGAGGCACCUCUCAUCACGCACGAAAGCAGCUCCCCUGGCCUCGGGCUGCCGCGAACGCCGCUUCGGGCCCUCUCAAACGGCCGGGGGCUACAGGCGCUGGCGUCGCAACGCGACCUCUCGCAGCACCUGCUAGCGGCGUCUCUACAUGGCGGCCCGGACCGUAGUGACGCUGUCGGAGUCAGCACCCACUUGCCAGCAUCAUCGGCAGCGCUUGUCACUGUUCGCAGCGUGCGGGGUGCGUGGGGUCCAGUCCAAAGCGUGCGUGGGACCUACCGCGCUCGGCCAGCGAUCAGCGAAGGAGCGGCGGGCGCCGUCGCGCCGCCGUCGCCGCAGACGUGGUCACCUCAGAGAGUGACCGGCGAGGAGGACAGCACAGGUCUCCAGCGCAGCGAUGCGUCGGUCAUCCUUAGCGCUUUUGGCGGCGGUGACAUCACGGUUGACGGUGAUGGCGGCGAAGGCGGAGGCAGGGGCGACGGGGGCGACGGCAGUGAGGACCCGGCGACUGCGCGGCGGCGGCGGUCCCGUGAAAUUGCAUACAGGCGUGUUGGGACGGGGCUCAUGUCGACUCGGCGGCGUGUAUCUCUAUCCGAGGAUGAUGCAGGCGGUGCAGCGGCGCUGGCGCCUCCACCAGUGCUGUGGCUCCGUCGGUAGGCUCAUUGCCGCCUGCACUCCCCGAGCUGACCGCUGCUGCCGCUGCUGCCACCUCACAACAACAGCAGCAGCAACAACAACAUCAGGCAGAAGGGGACAGCAAUGGCUGCAGCUGUGAUGCUGUCAAGGACGGCGCUGCGGAAGGACCUCCUCCAAACUCUUCAACAGCAGCAGCAGCAGCAGCGGCAAAGGCGCCUGGUGCCACCACAUCAACUGCUGCGCUGGUAAAGCUCCUCUGGCCGGCAACGGCAGAGGUCGCAUCCGGACGCGCCACAAGCAGCCGUGUGGACUUGUUUUCAAGGCUAAGCCCAGGCGCAGCAUCCUCCAGACUAGAAGUGGGUCCGGAGCUGCAGCUGGGCCGCGGCAAGGGCGGCCUAGCCCCUCAGCUGCCUGGACAAGUAGUCGACGACGAUGCGGAGGACACGCCUGCAGAGGCUCCUCCGGCGCCGCCGCCGGACCACACGCCCUUCCUACUGCAGCCCCGAGCAGGAGCAGCCGCGACGGCGACGUACAAGGAGGUAUCUUGGUGGCUCAUGGCGUCGCGGGACAGCGUGGACACGAGGGGCAGCAGCGACGCAGGCGGCCUGAGGCGGCGGCGGCGGGGCUGGCAGCGUGGCAGCGCCGGCAGCGGUAGCGAUGAGGCGAGCAGUGGUGGUGGCGGUGGUGGUGGCGCGGGGCUGGGGUUACCCGCCUUGGCUGCGGUCCGGGCAGCUUCGUUGGCUGCGAAGUGGCGCAGCAGGACACGGCGGCGGGAGAGGCAGCAGCAGCAGGUGGAGCGAGUGCCCUGGCAUGCGCUCGUGCUGGAUCUGUGGAGCGUCGCGGACAAGUACAUCCCGCUGUUCCAGCCGUCCCUGGGAAGAUCCAGCUGGGACCUGCUGAUGCUGGUGCUGCUGCUGUACACCUCCGCGGUGGUGCCGCUGCAGGCGGGCUUCCGCAGCGUGCGCCACCCGCUGCUGGACGGACUGGACCUGGCGGUGCUGGCCGUGUUCUGGGUCGACAUACUGGUGCAGCUCAGGACGGUUUACAUUGACGAGACGGGCGAGCUGGUUCGCAACACACACCACAUCGCCGCCCACUACGCGAGCACCUGGCUUCCCCUGGACCUGGUAUCCUCGCUGCCGUGGGCGGAGAUCAUCCGGGCCGUCCUGAAAAGCAGCCUCCGCCGCAACCACGACGCGGGGGGGCUGGUCACGUUGCUGCGGGUGCUCCGGCUGCUGAAGCUCGCCAGGCUGCUUCGCAUGUUUGACCGGCUGCGCUACGCCAACCUGAUUCGGCUGGGGCGGCUGUUCACGCUGAUGCUGCUGGUGGCGCACUGGACAGCGUGCAUCUGGCACGGCAUGAGCGAGUGGCUGGAGGGCUGGCCGUGGAUAUUUGACGAGCUGCAUCGUCGCGGGGAGCACGGCUUCUUGGCGCAUUACAGCUUCUCCCUGUACGUGUCAUUUGUGCUGGUGGUGGGCUCCGACAACCUGCCCACCGCCAACAACCUGGAGCGGGUCUUCUGCAUCGUGAUGCUCAUCGUGGGGGCCGUGCUGUACGCGCUCAUCGUCAGCAACAUGGCAGUCCUGGCCGCCAACCUCAACUCCCUGUCCAGCCGCUACCGCCUGAAGGCCGGCAUGGUGGCGGACGCGCUGCGGUACAUGGGCGCCCCGCAGCGCUUCAGGAACCGGGUGGCCGACUACUUUGCAUUCCUGGCGAUGCACGAACAUCCGGGUCCCGAGGCGGACGCCUUCCUGUCCGAGCUGCCUCGGGGGCUGGUGGAGGACAUCAAGUGGUCGCUCUACUCGGCGCCCUUCCACUGCAUGCCGCUGUUCGCCGGCUGCGACGAGCCCUUCCUGGCAGCGUUGCAGGCGCGGCUGACGCUGGUGGCCUUCACGCCCGGGGAGGUGAUCUUCCAGGAGGGCGAUGUGGGGCAGCACUUGUACGUCGUGCGCAAGGGUGUCGUACUUCUUCGCUCCACCGCGGGUGACAUGUGCGGCCUGCUGCGGCCCGGGGAGGCGUUCGGCGAGCUGGCCGUGCUGCCGGAUCUGGUGGCCAGGCGGCGGACGUGUACGGCAGUAGCGGGGCGCUCCGCGGACCUAGUGGCGCUGGCGGGACGAGAUUUGGCGGCGGCAUGCAAGGACCACCCGCAAUCGGCAGCUCUGGUGCAGGAGCGGCUGAUGCAGCAGCUGGAAGACCGGCUGCAAGGCACCCAGUGGACUUGGUUCAUCAACAAAGUGCUGCUGCCGUACCAACUGCACGGUGAUGCGGACGAGCCUGAUAUCGCCGGCAGCGGCGACCGCGGCGGCGGCUGCGGCGGUAACACCAGCAGCUGCCCUGGUGUGAGCUUCAGCAGCACCUGCACCUGUCAGGAGGGCCAGGAGCUCAGCUUCAGCGCUUCCAUGUCGGUUCUGGAUCAACAGGGAGGGCUAGGAGGGCUAAGCGGGCAAGGGACUUACAGCGCAGCAGGCGACUCCGCUGCUGCUACGGCUGGCGGUCAAGAAGCUUCGAGUUUUGGGCCAGGCCGAGAAUUGGGCCGGGAAAGUAGCGGCGGAGGAUCAGCGCCGUCUGCAGGUGCAAGGCCGGCAGCGGAGCCGCCAACAGAAACACCGACGGCCGGGCCUGCUGCCAGUAAUGGCGCCAGUAGCAGCGGCCAUACGGCUGACGGUAUGGCUUCUGCCGGUGCCUCUGUCCCGCCAACCGUGUCUUCGUCCCCGCGUCCGGUUCCUCCUUGUGCCACGCCGGAGGGGCCAGGACCACCAGCAGCCGAGGCCAACGGCAGCAAUGUCAUGGCAGCGGCUGUAGCGUCCUUGACAACAUUACCGGUAACGACAUCUGUUCCCCUGUGGGGGCUGCUUAUAAGCCAGGAUCUUAUACCACUACCCGCCGCCCCACCUGCUUCGUUACCUUCGCCUGCAUUCGAGCAGGCACACGAGCCGCUCGAACCUGCGCUCACCUUCUCACCAGCGCGUGAGGAAGACCCAGGAGCGCCGCUAGGACUAGAUGCGGGGCUGCUGCCCACGGCGCCCUCGCAUGCAGCAGCGCCAGCUGCUGCUGCUGCUUCUCCGGCAGGCAGCCGCUCACCGGACGUGCGGAGCUCGGGUAGCGGCUCCUUCACCGGCUCCUUCCCCAGCCCCAGGACCCCCACCCGUCCCAGCCGCUGUCCCAGCCGGCUGGGCCGCCCUGGCUUCUCAGUCAGCCCGCACUCCCCGAGUGCCCAAGGGUCAGGCAGCGACGGGCCCAGUUCGGCGGAGCUGCUGCGUCUUGAGACCGCAACCACGCUUGCCUCAGCUGAUCAGCGGCGUUCCCUUGACGUGGAUACCUCCGGCCCACCGCAGGGCCCUGACGCCAGCGGACAAUCGCGCGGCGAGGGGCAUGCAGAGAUCCUCAGCCCCAACGAAGCCGCAGAGGACCAACAGCAGCAGCAGCCACGGCAACCAGCAGCGCAGCAGCAGAGCCAGCGCCAGCGGCUGCGUCAUGCAGACGGACAACAAUCCCAGGCUCAAGCGUGUCAGCAGCUGCAGCAACCACAGCAGCUGCUGCUGCCGCCAAUGCCGCCUGCGCCGCUGCAGGCUCUACCUUCACGGCGAGCUCUUGACGCACACGACAGCAUCAGCGGCAGCCGCAGGCUGUUACGCAACCUGAGUGAGUUGCUUAGCAGUUUGCUGGACCAUUUCCCCGGUCCGCAUGCCUUACAGCGCAUGCGCACCCUCAGCCGUGGCCGCGCCGGUGCCAGUCCAAAUACCUCCGCGGCACAGGUGCUGCGGCUGACGGAUGAGGGUGGCAACACCGCCGGACGUCCUCCUGAGCAACAAGAUGCUGACCACCACCGGCGCGGCGGACCGAGCCUGAGUGCCGGCCAGCUGCCGUACAUGGCAGCAGGGGCGGCGCUGAUGCGGUUGCCUGGCCGGUGGCGGUUGUCGUCGCAUGACAACGCAAACAAUGCCGGCUUGCGUCCCGUCAGCAAUCGAGAUGGCGGUGGCGCCGCCGCGGCUGGUGGCGAAGAUGCGGCGGUCGAUGUCGAGGGCGGCCUAACUAGCGCUUGGGAUCUUGGCGGUGGCAGCGCUGCCGCUCUCGCCGCUGUGGACGACGGGUGCAGCCCCCUGCCUGGGGCCAGGCAGGCUGCUGCGCUGCAGCUGGUUCGGACCGCGAGCGAGUGCUCGGGACAGCGGAGCCGCCGUGCGGUCGAAGGAGGCAGCCCGCUGACUGCAAGCCCCACCGCGUCUAGCCCGCCUUCUGCUUCCACCGCCGCGGGCCCCUCUGAACCCGUGCGGUCUGCUUCCCGACGGCAAGCACGCCGGUCGGCUUCCCGCCUGGCUCUGGGUUGGUCCAUGUUGGGGCAUAACGCCUCAGAGGACGAAACCAGCAACACCAACAGCAGCAGUGGCGGCGGCGCUGCGGGCCGCAGCAGUGACUUGGGCAACGCUGGCACGCCGUUUUCCGCGUUGCUUCCCGCUGUAGACGCCAACAGUGGCGACGGCAGGGGCGGCAUUCGCUCGCUGGUGCUGCGGCGCCGGUCGCGGAACAGCACGAUUGACAGCAGCGGUCGCUGGCUCAGCAGCAAUGGGGCUAUGCCGCACCGCCUCGCCAGCCGUGUCGUGCGAGACGCCAGUGAUGCUCUGGCCGGGUCUGUGGCUGCACUGUCACCGCAGCAGCCGCCGUCAGCGCAUGUUGGUGGGGAGUUAGUCGCGGAGCUUUCUGGAGUAGGCAGUGUGGACGGCGUUCCUCGACAUGCGGGCGGACACCCGUCGUCGCGGCCCGUGUCGGGGUCUCGGCCGGCGUCCGCGCGCCAGGCUGAUCCCCGCAUGCAGUUUCAGGCUGCGCUUGCGGUGCUGGCGCGCGCAGUUGGGAUUGAACCGUCCCCGUUUCAAGCUUCAAACGGAGCUUCCGCUGCUGUGGCACGCUCGCUGUUUCGCUGCGCCGGCGGCAGCCGCCGCUGUGAUCGAGGCGAUGAGCCUGCCAUGCUCCAUGCUCCUAGCGGUGCAUCGGCUCCUGCUGCGACCACGGCCCCGGCCGCACCCUGUGCAGCAGCAGCAGCAACAGCAACAGGGUCUGCGAUGGAGGCGCUGCUAUCACAACCCGGCAGCCGGCAGGUGCUGCUUGCGCUGGCUGAUGCGGUUGUACGGCGAGAGGGCCGCGGGGUGCCUGCCGUACAAGAGAUGCUACAGCAGCAUGGGAAGGAGGUGAUGGAGGGCGCUGAGACGCGGCUGGGGCGGGUGCUGGGCGGCGUGGCGAAUAGCGUGGAGGCCAUUGAACAAACGGUGGCCUCGCUGGACGAGUCCCUGCACAGCGCCAACCGCCGCCUCGCAGCCAUCGAGCGCGACGUGCUCGAGGCGCAUGGAGACGGCGUGCUGGCGGGCGGUCUGCUGGGCCGGCUGUCGCGGGAGGCCUUUGGCGGGGCGGCCUUCUGCGGCGAAGAGGAUGAUGAGGACGUGGGAGUUGAUGGCGAGUGCACCCUAGAGGAGAGGCUGCAGUCCAGCGGCUUUGGCGGCGCGAGCUUCAGCGGCGGCUGCGGAGAGGUUGACCCGCUAACCGGUACCAUGCUGCUCAUUCGGCCGCCAAGCCAUGGCACCGCCGCCUCACGUAAAGCCAGUGGCGCCUUCCUGCUUACCUCCCACAGCGGGUUCGAUGGUACCGCAGCAGCGAGCAGCUUCAGCACCUCUAGUCUGCGGGAUGUAGAGGCAGAGGGCCAGCAAUCUAACAGCGGCGGAGCAGCAGAUGGCGGCGGCGGCAGCGGCGGCGGCGCGCCGGCACCUCGUGCCUCCAAGGGCUCUGCUGCUGCCUCCCGGAGUGCCUUAAGGCGUUGCACGGCCCCGGCGUUCAGCUCCGGUGCUAAUGCCAGUGGCAGUUUGCACCGGAAUCCGGACGGCACCGAGGCCGUGCUCACAUGCAAGGGCAGCGGCAGUCUGCAUGCGCACGCGUCGGGCGCGAGUGUGGACCAAGCGUGGAGCGGUGCAGAAGGCAGUAUGCAUGGCCGGAAUGCCUUGGGCGGCGGUGGCGAAGGAAGCGUUCUUGGCCGUGGCGGCAGCAACACCGGGGUUACUGCUCCUGAUGGCGCCGCCGGGGCUUCUGGCGUUGGUGCGCCGCCGCACGGCAGCUACUCCGCACGUCGCAAGUCCUUAGACGCCGCGUUGUUCAGUCGGCUGCAGCAGGAGUGGCAGAGCACGCCGCAGCACUCGUUGAGCCACAGCUGCUCCGCCGGCGCCUCUUUGAGCAGCGGCGGAGGUGGCGCCGCAGUCGCAGCGGCUGCUUGCCUCGCGACCGGAGGGGAUGCGGACGCCGCGGCGGCGACAGCGGGGGCAGGGUCACCCUGUGGGACGCAGCCUGCACGUGAACGAAGGCGCUCAAAGAACACCAGUGCUGCCGCUGAGGGAGGAAGUGGCGUGGACGGGGCGCCCGCAGCGGCCGGAGCCUCCGGUUACCAGGGUCAGCAGUUGGACGCCAACCCCAUUCCUGGGCUUGCUGGGCAGCAAAACCAGAGCGUACAUGGGCCCCGGUCGCGCAGAGCCUCCCUCAUGAUGUUGCAAGCAGGCAUGCUAUUAUCCGAGGCAACUGCUGCCGGGGGCGGCCAAGCCGGCCCAACGUCGCCAAUCGCGACACCCCUAUCCGCACACAUCUCCGGAGUACGGCAACGCCUGAAACCGUACGUCGCCGUACUGGACGACAGUAUAGUGCCCGACGGCGCACCCGCCACAGCCAACAGCGCCGGCCGCCAUGCGUUGCAUGGCUUGGCCCCGUCCGAGCGCCCCGGUGCCCGACGCAAGGCCACAUCACCCCGGCAGCAGCAGCAGCUGCUGCUGCAGCCACCAUCUCUGCAGCAGCAACGCCCCACACGGCACCGUUCCAACACCGCUGACGGCCUGAGUCAGACCUCUCCCGGCUCUGUCUUGACACCCAGCCGACGCAACAGCAACACACUCCCCAGCACGGUCGGGAAGAUGGCGUCGGCCCUGGCGACGUUGCGGGCCAUGAGCCGUUUGUCGGGUGGGGGCUUGGGCGGCGGCAGUGCCAGCACCUGGGAGCAACUGGAGCGGCCUUCUGGCAGCCGGCUGGGCAGCCAGUUCUCGGGCAGCCGGCCCGACAGUCAGCCCGGCAGCCGACGUGGCAGUCGCGGGGGUGACAGCCAGGUUACAAGCAGGCGCGGCAGUGUUACUUCGGACACGGACGGUGAGGGACAUGGUGCUGUUGGAGAGGCGGCUGGGGACAGGGCUGAGGCGUGCUAGGCGGAGCAGGGUGACUGCGAGACGGGGGUGCUGAUGCGGGUGGGAGUCGAAUGGCUGUUAGGGCACCGGUGGCUGGAGGGGAUGUCGUACGAGGUGGCGGUUGAGGAGUGCUCGCUCGGGCAGAACUGCUAAUUUGGAGCUUUGAAGAACACGUCUUGUUAUGCAAGCGUGGGGUUUACUUGCGGACUACCGCAUGCCGCCUCAAGAGGGCGAACGGUCAGGCACGUAUCUGCUGUCUCGUGCGCGGCGUAGCAUGCGACAGGCGGUGUAGACACAUACUGGUAGGAAAGCCCAUGGAAGCAACUUUCAAUCCAACUCUGUUACAAUGCUUAAAAGUAAAUGUGAAGAUGCCUAGAUGCCUAGGAAUGUGCGUCCCUAGCGAGAAUCAAGGAUGUUAAUGGAGGGGGGGGCAUGUGGGGCCUUGUAUGCCGUACGGUGUGUGAAGCUGGUAUGGCAGCGUGUGCUAUGGGCGGUGGGUUUAUAAUGUGACAGCGCCGCCGCCCACGUGGGACCGGAAGCGAGCGGGAGAAACAGCGCGGCCGAGAACGAGAGGGAUGUCGCCGCGGUUUUGUUCAUUGAUUUUGUCCAAAUUAUCUACAUUACCUGGAAAAUCACUGCAAUUUUCUGGGAGGUCAUCCUGCAUCAUGGCUGAGGAUGGGCUGCAGUUGGUAGGUAGUACAUUCGAGGUAUGUGGAAGGCAGGCUGCAUGGGAGACGGGCGGCGGGGUUGGUGGUACCGUGCGUGACCUAGCUGUCUUCCACCUGUCUGCAUGCAUGUUCUGUCGACAGGCUCUCAGGGUGUGGCGCAGGUAACCUUGCCACGUGGGCCAAUUGGACUGCCGCCUGCAUUUAAGACUGCUGCAAGCGCGCUCCUGUUGCGAAGGUUGAGGAGAGCGUUGCUGAGUACCGGUAAUGACUCUAUAGGGUGGUUGAUUGCGGAGGAGGUAUGGCUUUCAUCGGUGGUACGUGAUGUGAGUGUUUGUAAUGCUGAGAGCCUUUUCAUUGUUGCGAAUUAGGAGUUGCGGAAUCCAAUGUAAAUAGGCAGUGCCAUGUGGCCGACAGGAAGGGCUCGGCUCUUGUCUCGGACUGCUGCAUGGCAGGGCAUUUGACCUUUCUUUAACUGCCAUGCUUGAUGCCUACGUGUGCCGUCAGGUGGGGGUAUUAUGGAGUUCCUGGCGUGGAGGAUGUGGCGUCGGAUGUUCAGUGUCAGCAUUGGUUAAUAACGCCAUCCUGGGGUUUAGCUCGUCUGCAUGUGAAGCCAGAAGAGUGUACCCCAGGCGUGUGACAUUUGCGCGAGUGCAUAUGGUUUAAUGGGGCUGUUGCUCGGGCUACAGUUGUACCUCUCAUGUGGCGAUUGCGGUACACUGUGCGGCCAUCAGCGGGCGCCUGCAGGGUUAUUGGUAACCUAGCAAGGCCCCAUUUCCUUUCGUGACCAAUGCAGCAAGACCAGUCCUGGCUGGGUUCAUCUUAUCCCUGUUGUCCUCGCGGCUUCAUAUGUCUUCAUAUGGUUUCAUUAUGUUGGCAAAUAAUGAAUCUUUAUGUUCAGGUGGGUCCCUUCGAAGAAGCGGGACUUACUUGACAGACGCGAGACCCUACAGGCUGUUGACGAGCGAUGACAGCGUUUUCGCCUUGCGGAGGAGAGGGCAUGUCUUGUACGUGAUGCCAUGUGGCGAAGGCAUCUGAGGGCCGCGGAAGGGUGCCAUGGACAAGUUUGUGGCCCGCUUCCAGGGCGGUUAGCCACUGACGAUACACGAGACAUGUACGGUAAUAGUAACUGGCUGUCCAGAUAGGUAUCCUCUGUGCUCGUUUUCGGCCUGGAAGCUGCGCGCAACAGCGACCUGGUCUGCCAGAAGCGGCUGGGCUGAUCCUGGGGCCCGCUUGGGCGCCUCCUCAAGGACUGCCUCCUUUGCCGCUGCAAUUGUGAGGUGUUGAGCUGGCGGUUGGCGGCGGGCUGUCCAAUGACGGCGCAGGUGGCGCUGGAGGGCACGCAGCGAGGAUUUUGGUGCGGAUGACCCUCUGGCGAGGCGGCUGUGGGUGCGGAUGCAGCCACCUGGGCCUGCAGCCACCCCAGCAGGGCCCUUGAGUAGGCGGCCCGGAGGCAAGGGGCGGUGGCAAGCGGUGGACGCUGCGAGGGUGUGGUGCAUAUAUGCUGCCGUACUGCUCACGGUCGUAGGUGCGUGUGGGAUACAGGGCCGAUGUGAACUGUUGUAUCAGGCCAUAAUGCAGAGAAGGUGAUUCAAGAUAAACUGGACUGGGUAAGGCAUGAUCCCACAGGAUGGGGAAGGAUUUGGGUGUGGCUACUCUUGAUAUGCCAGGGCUGCGAGUCGAAGAGGUGCGGGUGAGGUUACUGCAGCAAGAGUGUGCAGCCUUCUCUCCAGUGUGCGGCGAGGUCCCUGUUGAAGGAAGCCAGCCAUGGCUUCUGCCUGCUGGGGUUCUCCUUGCGACCCUGCGCCUGCUGGCUGGCUACCCACUUUCAACAUUGGCUCGAAACGAAGCAAAUAUCGGACUAUGUCCGUUGCUUGAAGCACGCCUCUUGCAGCUGUAUGGUCAUUUGACGAGCGAAGGACGGUUGGAGGCAAUAAGAGGCUGCACACGAAGACAUUCUAACAUUCUGACAAAACUCACAUCAAAGCCUCGCAAAAAGUUAGCAAUCCUUGAGCUGAUGUUGAUGAUGAAGAUGAUUACAAGCUGGAGGCUCGUAACGACCACUGAGUACGGCAUGAACUUCGUGCCGAGACCUACCUCGCAUGUAAAGUGGAUAGGUAGUAGUUAUUACUGUAUAUCACCUGUUGUUGCAUGAUGACUUGUUUACGUCUAACAGGAAUGUGCGCAAAGCUUUGACCGGGUCAAACCUAGCUGUCCACGAUAAGACAGGAAGCUCCAGGCACGAGCUAUCGUGUAUCUAAAAAUGAUAUUAUGCUGUGAUAUAUAACGCUUGGUUGGAAGGCUGCUUUGGGUUAACGGGAUGCAACGCCCUGAGGGUGGCCUGGACGGCCAGUUCGAAAAGCUCGUCGGGCAGCUCAGCGUCCUAGCACUGUCGCAACCACGGGCAGUGAAGCUCCGGGUACAAGCAUGGAUUACAAAACUCCGGGAACCGACCAGCAACACCGUGUGGAAGCGCAACAGGAACUUGUACUGCGCACUCAUGUUGGCGCAGCUGCAACAGGGUCGCCUUGAGUUGCCGUUCACUGCAACACCCCCCGAUGGGGCGCUACCUAAUUUGCCGAAUCACCUGGCCUACAGGGGCUUAUCGCCAUCCCGGGCAGCAGGCAAUCCCCGCAGCAGGUCCUCUUCGCCCGGCGGCAGCGCGCCGCGAUCCGGAAGCCCCUGCGGACAAGCGCAGCAGCCCCAGGGGCACCAGUUGGCGGCAUGUCAGCUCAAGGGUCUGGUCAACACUUUCCAAAGCAACAUGCAGGCGAGAGGAUUUGAUCUGUCGCGCCCCCUGGCAUCUUCUAAAGCAGCCAGCGGCGCUGUGCCUCCGAAAACAGCGGGUGCGCUGGUGUCUGUUGGCGGCAGGGCGGCCGGCGGCGGUGCAUUGGGAACGCGUGGCAGCAGCGCUGGCGGUGUCAGCCUCGGACGCCCUUGCAGCAGAGGGCGUUCCCUGGGCCGCAGCGUCAGCAGCGGUAGCGGUGUUCCAGGAGGGGCAGGCAAGUCGGGCGCAUGGGGCGAUGGCGGCCAACGGGACCAGGAGCACGAGCCUUGCCUUGCGUGGGGCGAGACUGCAGCCGGAGAUGAGUCCUACAAUGAUCAGGAUAAGGUCGCCGCGGCGCUCCUAGAGGCGAAAGAAGCCGAAAUCGCGGCGCGUGUGGCUGCAAAGCGCCGACAGGAGCUGGAGCAGCGGCUUCAGGCCGAGGAGGCAGCCAAACAGCAGCAACGGCAGCGCAGCGCAGCCGCCAAGGCGCACCUGGACGCCGUGAUAACACGCUACAGCGAGGCGCGGCAGCAGUGGGCGUCGCCUCGCGGCGCGGGCUCACCGAAGACGGCCUUGGGCGGCCGCUCAGCGGAGCCGCGGACCGACGCUGGCGCCGCAAACUGGACCACGGUGUCGGCGGCCGCAAGCGGCGCACGUUCGCCCUCGCCAACCUCCCCUGGCACCCUCAAGCUGCUGCUUCAGCCGCGCGAGUGGACUGAGUGUGGGGGGCCGGGGGCAGAGCAUGUCAUAUCGGCCCAAUGGGAGGCUGCGCUGAACGGCAUGAGUUGCAACAACAGCCCAGCAGCCCAACGGCACAACAAUAAUAACCAACUUCACCGGAGGAGCGAGCCGACCCUGCGCCUGACGUCCCCCCAGAAAGUUCCAUCCCCGCCACCGGUGGACCGCCGGCAGCAGUCGGCAUCGCCACCGGCCCCAAGGAUCAUAUCAGCGAGUCACUGCAUGUUCGCAUCUCCGCCGCGCGUGGGCAGUCCGCUGCAAGGGCGCGCAAGCAGCUGCAGCCCACACAAGAGCUCUUUCCCGCUACCUCGGAGCCGCAGCUGUAGUCCGGCUGUGUCGUCACCCCGGCGGCUGCCCUCCGCUGACCCCACCGUCCUACACAACGUGACACGCCAGCUGCGCUCGUCACCACGCGCGCUGCAGGCGGCCGCAGCUGUAGCUGCUUCGCAGGGGGCCCAUGCAGCUCCGCCUUCCCUGGGUGGCGGUAGCGCUGCGGGAGGUGAUGGCAGUGAGGGGCUGCUACUGCCUCGUCUGCCGGUUGAAGAACCCUCUCGUCGGCGUACUGCUCCAGCAAAGUUCGAGUUCAGCAGCCUCAUCGAGCCUCUGCUGUCAACAGCGACUAAGGGAGAAGCGCCGACGGGAGGCAGCUGCAAUGAUGCUGACGCAGCUUCAGAGGAAGGCACGCGGAAUGGUAACGUCGGUGUCGGCUUGGAGGUCCCUGGUUGCAGCAGCGGUUGCAGCAGCCGCAGAGGGACACGCAGCCCCCAGUUGUCCUUCAGAGACGUUCAGGGUGCAGGUGUUGGCUGCAGCGGCGCUGCCAAUGCCAGCGCAAGUCCCAACCGCUCUUCCAGCAACGUCAGCGCCGUCCUGCAGCACGAGAGGUCCCUCUCUACCAGCCCCUUCGCUACCUCACGUAGUGUCGCGGCGCAGGCAGCCGCCGCCGCUGGGGAGGCUGGCCGCCGCUCUGCUGAGCAUGCUUUGCCGACCUCGUCGUCCUUUCCAAGCAGCGGCCAGUCACGGCGAAUGGCAAGCACUUCACCGCCGCCGCGUCCCAAGCCAGACCGACAGGUCCCCUCCCUGCCUCUGGAUAAAUGUUCCGGAGCCGCCCAGGCGCUGCAUGGGAGGGCCUCGACAGCGGCUGCUGGCGGCCGCGCCAGUUCCUACACACGGUUGCUAUCCCCCCCUCGUGCCAAUGCGUCCGCACCUGUCCCCAGCAGCACCCGCCUGACUGAGAUGGCUCGGCGCAGCUUGGCAGCCUGUCUGCCCGGCCUCCCAGGCAGCUUUUCGGCAGGCAACGAGGCGCGCAGCACCGGGCCGGCGGACAAAAAGGGCGCCGGCCUCCGCCAUUCUUGGACUGGCCAGGACGGCGGGACUGCUGGUCACGGCAGAAAGACCGGCGCAGGGACCGCCAUCGGAGCUCCUGCGCCAUCCGAUUACACUGUGGACUUAUCACCCGUUGCCACCGGGCAUGCCCGCAAUCUGUCCACAGCGCAGGAGACGCCCAGGUUGCUCCGUCGGCCGGCUGCGGAGGACGGCUUGCGGCGGGCCUUGUCCGCCGGUUGUCGUCGUGAGCUUCAUGGCCCUGUCUGCCCUGCGCCGCGGCCGCGGGUGUCUAGGCCCGGCAGCCUCGCACAGCAGGUGGAUGGCGCCAACGAUGCCGGUGAUCCAGCGCCCGCCGCGUCAGGAGCUGCGACGGCGGCUGAUGGGGGUCUUCUUGCGGGGCUGUCGGCCGCGGCAGCAGCAGGCGAGCUGGAGGAGUUGGAUGUGGAGGGCGUGAUAUCGGAUUUUGAGCGUUGGCUGCAGGACCAUCUAGAGCAGCUGCGAGUUGCCCAAGCCGCCAUGCACGAAACCAAAGAAGCUCGGCGAGCAGCCACAAGCCAGCCCGCUGCCUCAAGCCUCGCAGACCGCUUCGCCCUGUACUCAGCCCUCGGCGACUUCCGGCGCGCCGUGGACCGCCUGAAGCGCCGCCUCGCACUGCAUUCCUCGGAUCCAGCUGUGGCAGAGCUGCUCUUCGGGACCGACCAGGGCGGCGCUCCCUGCCGCAGUCGCCGCCUGAGUUCCUCCACACAACGUAGCAGCCGCGAGAGCCUGACAUCCAGCGUCUCGCACCCACAAGCCUGGCGACCCGGAGGCUCCCUGCGGGCGGCGUCAGUGGAUGUAGAUCUCAGGGAGGGCGCUGCCGGCGGCUGCGACGUUAGCAGCAACCCACACCUGAAAGUUGGUGUGGCGGAGCGCUUCUACAGGGCAGCGUUGGAUGCCGUGGCGACCUACCGGGAGGAUGUCGCCUUGUUGCUGUCGCGGGUGAAGGCGGUGCUGCAGCCGGGCAGGCAGGCUGCCGGUGCCAGCAGGCGUUCCUCCAGGGAUGGCUCUUGCGGGAGCAGCACGCAGGGGGGGCAGCAGCGGCACACGGGCUCGGGGGCGACAUCGGGGUCGGACGCGACGGCGGCGUGCCAAGAACUGGAACUUCGCCGUGGACUCGUGGAGGAGAUGCUGCGGAUGCUUCAGGAAUCUGCCCACCAGUUGGGACUUCGUGUCGUCGCACUAGCCUCCGCGCCCGUCGGCCUGUCCGCCCAAGCAGUCGAGGAGCUCAACGCAACCUUGUGCGCCCACCUGGACGCGGCGGGCAGUCGCCUGAGCGAGCGCCUGUCGGCGGUCAGCAAGAAAGCUGCGGGGCUGCACAGGAAGAUAUCGCAGACGUUAAACGGAGGCGGCGCCGAAACCCUGUCCAGCGGCAGCAAGGACAUGGGUGCUAGGCAACCGGCAGUAGAGGCUGCGGUUGCAACCGUUCGAAGCCCGGCAGUGGAAGCGGCGCCUGGCGCAGCAGCGGUAGGGGUGCAGAGCCCAUGUACGACCCCUGUUGCGCAUUCAAGGGGUGGAGUAGCUGCAGACAGUUUGCGGCGAGAGGGUCCUUUCAGCUGGCUAGGUGACAUGCCCACACCCUCGGGGCGCCUUGACUUUGGCGCCCAUGAGAGCCAGCAACCGCAGCAGUCGGGAAUCAGCAACGUCGUUGAUGACAUAAGCAGCUUGCUGCAGCUUGAGCAGCAGCCGUGGCAAGGCAGCGCAGACGGCGGUGGCGGUGGCCGCAGUAGCAGGUCUCCCGGCGCUCCACAUGCUGCCCUCCUCAGGGCUAGCAGCGCCACGCCAAUCUGCAACGCUGCGCCGGCGGCCGCUGCCGAUGGUGCUGGUGCUGGUGAUCAAGCCGAGGCGUUCCAGAGUCCCAGUGGCAGCAGUGAGGACACUCGAGGACUCGGCGGCCUCCUAGCAGCGCUCUUCACAUCCCCGCCCAUGCCGCUAGCGCCGGCUCCUGUAGACCGUAACUCCGAGCUUUCCUCGCCGAUCCCGCGUCAAGAUCAACUUGCUCACUCAGUUACGUUACCGCAGCAAUCCUCACCUGCUGCUGCGCCGUCUCCGCCUGCAAGCUUGCCGCACCCCAGGCCUUCAGGACCUACCGGUGGCACCCUGAUCGUCCCGCCCUGGUUGUUGUCGGAGCCGGCUGUGGACGAGCGCCAAUCUGUGGCGUCUUCCAAGCCGCGCGCCCAGACCCUGCAUGCCAUGCUUCCACCGCAGCCGCUCAGCUGCGAAUCUCCAACCCCGCUCGGCUGCCAGCCGGGGCCCCCGCCGGUGGGGAUAUCACACAGCACGGCGCCUCAGCAAGAGGGCUCCCAUCUGGCCACCUCGGACCCAACCCUUGCCCCGCCGCACUUCCAAGGGGUGGAGCCUUCCUCGAAUCAAGGCAUGGCCGUUUCGGACGAGGCUCAACCGCAUGUGUCGCCCAUGCUUGUUGUUGGCGGCAGCAGGGCCCAGGAUACCAGGGCCGUGAGCGGCGGUCCGGGGCGUCCCGGACAGGACAACUGGCAUGCCGGGACAGCUGCGCUUCGGCUUGUACAGGAGGCACAGAGCGCCCGGAAAGCUGCCGUGGCUGCUCGCCAGGCGGUGGAGGCGGCCAUGCAGGCAGCGUCCGCCGCCUCUGAUGCUGCUUCGGCUAACACGACGUCGGUUAAGGCGCCCAGAACGCAUAUGCCGGGAGACGUGCUGCAGCCCCAUCGGCCGACUGCAUGUUCCUCCGUGGGAAGCGCUUUGACACCCCAGGUAACGACAGCUCCUGAGCAGCAGCCGCAGCAGCUACAGCAACAGUGCCGGUUGCCGGAGGCGGGUCCCACCUACCGUGCUGUCGUGUGGGAGCUGUCGCCAACGCGAACAGGAGGCACGGAGGCAGAGGCAGCGGCGCCUGCAGGGGCCUUCUUAACACCGCAUGAAGCCGAGCAUACGUCGCAGCAUGCCUCGCUGGCAGGUUCCCCUCAUGCUGGGCAGCCUUGGGUGGAUGAAGGCCAUGCUGCUGCUGCUGCUGCAGCCGUGGCCGCAGCGGCGUCUUAUGCAGCGUCAUGCUCGAGCGCUCGGGAGGCUUCUGCGCAGCCUGAGGCCGUCGUCGAUAGCGGGCACAGCGAAGCAGCAGCUGUGGCCGCGGCCAUCAACAGCUACCUGCAGCAGCGGUGCGAGCCGUGCGACUCGUCGGGGUGGUCUGGCGACCCGCCACCUCGCGAUCAGGGCCGGGUCAGUCCCUCGAAGGGGAGGAAGGCGCUGCAGAAACAAUGCGAAGGUCUGCCAUCGCCGUCCCAGCUAGCACAGCGACGACCCAGUCCAGUACGCAACCAUGCUCAACAGCAACAACGGCAACAUCACCACCAAGAAACCCCCCCAGAGACGCCGCAUGCAGCAGCCGCAGGUGCAUGUCGCCGUGUUAGCAGCCCGGUCCCAUCCAAACAUGAGCGUGCAGGAGUACCAACCGCGCUGCAGCAACCAACGGGGCAGCAACUGCAGCCGUUCAAACUGGGGACCGCAACAGAGUUGUCUAUGUUCCGAAAGCUUCGGCAGCAACUUGCCGCGUCGCCGCCCCUUGGUGCCGAGCCAUCCUCAGCCGCGCAGGCGGCGACCGAGCUACGCAUCGACCAGCGAGGACAGCGCCAGGCUAGCCAACAGCCCAUGCCUGCUGACAGCCCAGGACCAGCUGAUCGGGCUGCUUCGCUGCUCACGGCGGCCGCUGACGUCACGGCCGCAGCCAACGCUGUUUCACUAGGCAUCCACGCCAUUCGUGACUAUGAGGCCUUCCAGCUGGUGAAGCGCAGGCUGGGGCUGCUGGAGGCAUCGCCUCCUAACGCACACGGGGCAACCGCCGCAAAGGGCAAGAAGAAGACCCCGCCGAGGGAGCAACUGCGCCCACAUGCACAAGCACCGCCACCCCCGCCGCAAAGCAGUCUAUGCUCCUCAGCCAUUAGCGCACCCAGUGCCGCAAGCCAGACGGGAGCAGGCCGGGGUGCGGACCGCGCCCUGUCGCCGUUCGCUUCCACCGCCGGAAGCACAUGCCACAAGGCCGAGCCCCUGUCGGCUGACGCUGCGGAAGCAGCGGAACUGUCCUCACGGCUGCAGCGACUGGCUGACCGCACAAGCAAGCUGCAGCAGCGCAUGGCUCUCAUAAGCCGACUGUCGCCGCCCCGCUCCUAGGGCCUGUGUUAUCGAUUGCGCGCGCAUGCAAGGACUGCCUAUUGCGCUGGGCCGCUGUCCUCGUGGCAUGACAUGACAUCCCCACAUGCCGUCGCAGCAGUGGCAGCCGGCGGCGGCAGCUGCAGCUGUCCAUGCGCCGCGCCCAGCCGCUACAGCGCUCUGGGGACAUGGGUGCCGACUGCGCCAAGCAUGGGAAACGCGGCCGCAGCGGCUCCGGAAGCUGCAUGGACAGGCGGCGGUGCCGCUGCUGCUGCACGGGCUGGUGGCAGCACGCUGCAUGGAACGACAGGCCUUUCGGAAGGCCCUCGCACGGCAAUGGCCACGGCGACCGGAGGUUUGUUGAUAGGCAGCAGCUUGGGAGGUGUGUCAGGACAGGCGCCUUCGGGCUCGGGGUGUGCUUGCUGGCAUGGAAGAUCAGGGAACCGGAGCCCCGCAGCCAACACCAGCGAGAUGGUAACCGCUUCAGGGCCGCUCACCCCAUUGCGGCAGCUGCUGUUGACGCAGCUGGACGAGCUUCAGCAGGAGACCGAGCAAAUGAAACUGCGCUUGUUGGUUUGAUGGACUUGGUGUUGGCUUGGUUUGUGGGUCGGUGUGCACCGUAUUUCAUUGACGACGGGGGAAUACUGUUUGUCUUCCGAAGCGGCGGCGGUGGCGACGCACAGCAAGUGUGCCAUUGGGCCGGGAUUAGGUCUUCAGCAACCUCUAAUUGAGACCACACCGAUAUGAACUUUUGCUUUUUGGCAGUCGUGUAAUUUUAGAGAAUCAGAGGUGCAACCGCCAUUUUCGAAACCAGUCCGCCCCGAAACAUUGGCUGCUGACUCACUUUGUAAAUACGCAAAACGCCUGAGCAGCCCCGCAACCGAAACUGAGGAAGCACAGUACUGAAUGCCGUUUUUGUUGCCC